AUGGAUUCUUCAAACAUCGCCACUCAAAACGAGAUGGCGAAAAGAACAGAGCUUAUAUGUAGCUUCAAUAUUGCAUCUGCUUCUGACAUGAACAUGUUUCAUAGAUUAUGUUUGGAAGCUAAGCAUCAGGCUGUUGCUGCGGUUGAUUGUAUCAGACCGGUUUAA